AAAGCCCACAAGAUUUCCUCUUAUUCCUGGAAGGGUUUAGUUCUACAGUUUUACUCGCCCAGUUUCAAGUUUCUCUCAUCUGUCUUCGCUCUACAAUGGAGGCCGUUGUUGACAGUCCUGGUGGUUUGCAAACUGAUGUCAAGCUUUUUGGUAGAUGGAGCUUCGAUGAUGUCUCGGUCCAUGAUAUUGCUUUGGCUGAUUACAUUGGAGUAACUUCUGUUAAGCAUGCUACAUUUGUGCCUCACACUGCUGGAAGAUAUCAAAAGAAACGUUUCAGGAAAGCUCAGUGUCCUAUUGUUGAAAGACUGACCAAUUCGUUGAUGAUGCACGGUCGCAAUAAUGGGAAAAAGUUGAUGGCUGUUCGCAUUGUGAAACAUGCCAUGGAAAUUAUCCAUCUCUUGACUGAUUUAAAUCCUAUCCAAGUUGUUGUUGAUGCCAUUAUCAACAGUGGACCAAGAGAAGAUGCUACCAGAAUUGGUUCUGCUGGUGUGGUGAGGCGUCAGGCUGUCGAUAUCUCUCCACUAAGACGUGUUAAUCAGGCAAUCUACCUUCUCACGACAGGAGCUCGUGAGAGUGCUUUUAGGAACAUUAAGACGAUUGCUGAAUGCCUUGCCGAUGAGCUUAUCAAUGCUGCCAAGGGUUCAUCCAACAGUUACUCUAUCAAGAAGAAAGAUGAGAUUGAAAGAGUUGCCAAGGCCAACCGUUAAGUAAUGGAUCAUGUCGAGGUUACUGUGUUUUUGUUGCUUCUCUCUGCGCUUUUAGAUUAUAUAAUGUACAAUCAGAAUGCUAUUCUUUUCUUUGAGAUUAUUUUGUAGAAUUGAAAUUAUGAACAUUUAAGUCAGUUUUAAGUAGAUAUGCUCUGCUUCACUUGA